CUAUUGUUGCUGCUGUUAGAGUGCAAGCGAAUUCCCAUUUUCCCACUCAACUUGCACGUUGACGGACUUGCCACUCAGGCCAAUGUUACGCGAGCGACCUCGACCAGCAUCUAGCUAUGGCUGGAGAGCUGGCCCGGGAAUCAGGAGGCGUGGCGUCACACGUUGCAAAUGCGCACCGCCGAGCGGUGUUGCCUCGCUGAGCGCCGAAGCCCCGCCCAGCAGCCUGCUGCAAAGCCUGGUAGAGAACAUUGAGCCAUCAGCAUCGCAUGACAGCAUUGAGCACGCUCCCCCGCCGGUGGCCACGGUGGCCGCGCGUGCUGCGGCCGAUGUCGCUGGUCCUCCAACCACUCCGGCCAUUGCCGAAGCCAGCCCGGCGGCCACUGUUUCGGCUCAGAAGCAGAACGGCAACGACAGCAAUAUCAGCGCCAAGUACCGCGCAUUCAUGGACGCCUGGGAGGCUGGGCUCAGCUUCAACGCGCGCGAGGAGCGGCAGGGCACAUGGCUCGAGGUGACGGAGGGCCGUGUGCCUCGCGACCUGGUGGGCACGCUGUACCGCAACGGCCCCGGCCGCCUGCGCCUGGGCCCCGACACCGCCGCCCACCCGCUGGACGCAAGCGGCCUGGUGGCCUCUGUGGCGUUCCCCGGGGACGGCCGAGCCUUCUUCCGCUCUGCGUUCGUGCGCACACUCGAGUAUGAGGCCGAGGAGCUGGCUGGCCGCUUCCUGUUCCGCGGCGCUCUGGGCGGCCGGCGGCGCGGCGGGCUGCUGGGCAGCGCCGGCGACCUGACCGCCCGCAACGCCGCCAACGCCGGCGUGGCGCUGCACCGGGGCCGACUGCUGGCGCUAUACCCGGGCGGCCAGCCGUACGCGCUGGACCCAGCCAGCCUGGCCCCUCGCAACCCGUCCUCCUCCUCUUCCACUUCCCCAUCCUCCUCCUCCUCCUCCUCCUCCUCCUCCUCCUCUCCCCCCUCCGCCGCCCCCUCUGGCCCCGACCUCCUGGAGGGCCGGCUGCGGCCCGGCCUGCCGCUGUCGCUGGGCUCACCCGCCGCCGACGAGCUGGCGGCGGCGGCGCAGCGGCACUUCGGCGCCAACGCCCAGCUGCCGCCCGCCGCCACGGCACUGGGCGGCGACGCGCUGACGGCGCGGCCGCGGCAGUGCGGCCACACCGGCCGCGCCGUGCUGUGGGCGCAGCGCACCGUGGCCACCGCGGCGCCGGUGAGCCUGCGCAGCCUGGUCAAGGGCGGCGGUGCUAGUGCGGGUGCCGGUGCGGGUGCCAGGGGUGGUGUGGUGGUUGAGGCAAGCGGCACUGGUGCCGGGCGCGCACCGGGUGCGGAGGCCGCGUCUGCACCUGCGUGCAUUCGUAGCGGCGCUGGUGAUGCGGCCUCGGCCUCGGCCUCAGCCAGCACGACGGCGGCUGCGGACCUGGGCAGCGUGGCUGUGGACCUGCUGGCGGCGGCGGGGUGCGCGCUGACGUGGCUGCUGCGGCCGCCGCGGCACCAGUUCAAGAGCGUCGUCACCUUCUGGGAGGAGGAGGAGCCGGCGGCGGCGGCGGCGGCACCGGCGCCACAGGGGGGCUUCAGGGCGGGGGCGGGGGUGGCAGCAGGCACUGGAGGCGCGGGAGGCGAGGGUGGCGGGCGGCAGCUGCGCUAUUCAGUGGGCGGCUACUGCUGCGUCCACGACAUCGGCCUCACAGCCAACUACUACCUGCUGCUACAGCCGCCCGUGCACCCGGAGAUGUGGCCGUUCCUGUUUGGCGAGGCGGGUGCCGCCAGCUGCCUGCGCUGGCGGGACGGCGAGCCAGCCAUACUGCACGUCAUCCCGCGACCGGGCUCAGAGGCCGAGCGUCGUGGCGAGCAGCCCGUGAAGCUGCCGGUGGACCCCGCGCUGUACGUGACGCACGUGGUCAACGCCUACGAGCUGCCAAACACCACAGCCUCUGGUUCCGCCGCCGCCGCUGGUCCCGCCUCCGCCUCCGCCGCCACUGCCACUGGCGCCGCCACUGCGGCCGCCUCCGCCUCAGGCGCCGCCACCGUCAAGGCCUUUGGCAAGGUGGCCAUUGGCAUCAAGCCCCUAAAGCAGCGCCGGGCCGAGCAGGCCGCCGCCCAGCAGGCCGCCGCCGCAGCAGCAGCAGCUGCUGCUGCUACUGCCUCUUCCAGCUCCGCUGCUGCGGUUUUAGCAGCACUGCAUGACGCGGCGCCCCGCGAGGCCGCCACCGCGGCCCCAACCGGCCCUCCUGCCGCCGCCGCCGCUUCUGCUACUGCCGCCUCCACUGCUGCUACUGCUACUGCCGCCCCGCACCGGCGGCUGGUGCUGGACAUGAUCGCCUACGACAGCCUGCCGGCCCUGGGCGCGGCGCCGCUGCCGGAGCAGGCGGCGCGCAUGAAGGACCCCGAGGCGGGCUGCAGGCCCAGGCUGCAGCGGCUGGAGGUGGACCUGACGUCGGGCACUGCCGCACUGGCCCAGCCCGCGCCCUACCCCGACUCCCACAUGGAGCUGCCCGCCGUCAACACCGCCUACACCGGCCGCCCGUACCGCUUCGCCUACGGCUGCAGCGCUGACUUCGCCCAGGGCUCCAGUGGCAUUGUGAAGGUGGACAUGGACACGCAGCAGAGCCAGCGUUGGCUGCCGCCCACCCCGGGGUACGUCUGCCUGGAGCCGCGCUUCGUGCCGCGACUGCCCGCCGCCGCGUGGCGCCCGCUGGGCGCGCGGGAGGCGGCUGCUGCUGCGGGCGGCUCCUCCAGCUCGCUGUCGGCGCUGCCGGUGCUGCCGCCGCCCAUGCAGGGCCGCCAGCGCGGCGAGGACGACGGCUGGCUGCUGGUGUACGGCUUCGACUCGCGGCAGCGGCGCUCCGAGCUGCUCAUCUUCGACGCCUGGGCGCUCAUGGCGGGCCCCGUGGCGCGCCUGGCCCUGCCAGCGCCGCUGCCGCACGGGCUGUACGGCGCCUGGGCGGACGCAUACUUCGGGCCGCAGCAGCGCUAGACAGGGCUUUGGAUAUAGAGGGUUGGAGCUGUGUAGUGAGUGUUGAGGGUUGGAGCUUUGGAUGCUAAACUUGAGAGGGCUGGACCGGUGACAGGGCCGUACCGUGCUUGGCCGCUCUUGUCGAGUAUGUUAUGACUCGUGAAGUAGUAUGGCGUGUUGGUGGUGCGGCUUCUGUUGGCUGGGGCCUGACACCAAUAACACGGCGGUAGAUGCAAUAUGUCAGCCAGCGCUGGGGACAUCGCCCGAACUGUUGAAUGUGUGCAAAGGCCUACACGCGGGUUUGGAUGCGGAGGCUGCGAGCGCGAGGCGGUACAACGCCAAGUGCCAUUCCACAGGCCCGCGCAGGGGCCCAAUAAUAAGAUUCAAAAACCCUGUCCUUGCACGAUUUAAAUACUGCAUCUCC